AUUUAAGAUCUAUCCAUCUGCCAUGCUCCAAAUAUCCUUCUGCCGGUUUAAUGAGGAAACCCCAAAACCCCAACUUCCCUUCAUCUCUCUCUUUCCUUGCAGCUUCGCCUGCCUUCUCGCGGGCUUUCCAAGUUCGCCGGAGCCACACCUACCCCCAGUAAUUCCUCUCUCCUCUGUUCGUGUUGAUGGCGGAUGGGGUGCUAGUGCACCGUUUCUCUCUUUCCUCCCUAACGGUGUUAUCGUCGUUCUUGUUGACCAUUGCGAGCCACGCGACUACUGGAGGAUCGUGGCUGAGGUGUUGUGCGCUAGUGGCCCCUUUUCUCUCCCCUGCUCGCAUCUUUCUCUCUCCCCUCGAUGAGUCGAUGUUGAUGCUCCUAUUCUCUCUCUCCUUGGUCCGUGCGGCUAGAACCUCCGGGCACCGGCGAUGCUGUUGGUGUUGUUGUUACUCUGCUUUCUUCUCCCUCCUCUAUUUUCUCUAUGAGCGCAAUCUCCAUCCAAGGAAAGCAUCAAGUUAUUCGAUCUUAUCCUGCAACCUUCAUCAAAUCCAAGUUCACUGAAGACUGUUUAUACUACAAGGGAUUAGGACUUCUAUUCGGUCAAGAAAGCCUCGAAUGCCCAGACAACACUGCUCACAUACUAGUUGUACUACAACACGAAGCCUUCAACCCUGCUAUGCUAAUCACUUUCGUAAGUGGCACCAUGCAAGGAUGGAGGAAGACUAUCAAGCUGACUACUCCAAAUGGAAAGAAGAUGAUCUUCACCACCAGGGAAGGGUCGGUGUUUGAAGAAUUCGAGUCUUUUGAGUCACAACCUGAGUAUGAGUCCGAGUCUUCUGAGUCUAGCGUCCCAGUUGAGACUACAUUUGAGUCUGUUAAUUUUAGUGUCCAAGUAGAGUCUUUACUUUUCGCUGAGUCAUUGUUCAACAAUAUGAUUUUUUAUUUUAAUAGUAUGAACUCAUUUGCUUAUGACUUGUGUACUAUCUCUAAUUCUUCUCCUUCUCCUUCCGAUUUUAACAAUGAAUAUGAAAAAGAAAUAAUUAAAUCAGUGCAAGAACAUGAAAAUAAGACUCCAAUAAUCGAAGAAACGAAAAAAAUUAAUCUUCGGAUGAUAAUGAACCAAAUGAGCUAA